AUGCGCUGCUCUCAGGGUCUUUUGCACCUUCCCAGACGCGAAGAAAAGGGAUACAUCGACAUCCUCGAAGGCCGCUUAUACGAGCUCGAGUCGGCACUGCUCCAGGUCCUCCCGCUGGUGUCGAACGAACAACUCAACGAGAUUACGGCGUCGAUACCGCCCAUACCCAGUCGUCCGCAUUUCAGAGCCCGGUUCAGCAGGACAAGCGACGGGUCAUCGCCACCGCACGACCUUGUGGUGCCCAGCACUCCGCCAUCGCCUUCAGAGAUCGUAUUCCACCAAGUCCAACAACAACACCGAGAGAACAAUCGACCACCGCAGCAGCUAUCUCAGAUGAUCGCCACGGAAAAUGAUGAACUAUCUCCGUGUUCGCUCCAGCAUAAUCAGCAGUACGUGAAGCAGAUGAUGUCUGAUUCCUGGCUGCAGCACCGGCCGCAGCAACAGCACCAUCUGCCUCUGGAGCUAAGCCCCUUCGUCGGCGGCGCGCUCGCGCGACAGGACCAGUAUCUCGUCUUUCCGGCAAGACACGGCUUUGUUAGCGGCGGACCUGGUUCCGAGCUCGACUUUAUGCCCGACUAUGACCGGAAUGGCGCGAGGGAGACGGUCAUGGUCUCGUCCCGGGGCUUCUAA